GCGCGCGAACUCUAAGUGCGGGGGUCCCAGGGUUGGAGCUGUGCAGAUUCUGGGGAGACUUGACCACGCUGUGGAUCCGGACUCGUUCAUCCCCCCUCCAUGGAAACCUCAGCGCCCAAGCAGCAGCAGCCCUCGGCGUCCAAGAUCAGGAACCUGCCCUGGGUUGAAAAAUACCGGCCACAGACACUGAAUGACCUCAUUUCUCAUCAGGAUAUCUUGAGUACCAUUCAAAAAUUUAUCAGUGAAGACCGAUUGCCACACCUGCUUCUCUAUGGCCCUCCAGGGACAGGAAAGACAUCCACCAUUCUAGCCUGUGCAAAACAGCUGUACAAAGACAAAGAAUUUGGCUCUAUGGUCUUGGAGCUGAAUGCCUCAGACGACCGAGGAAUAGAUAUCGUCCGGGGACCAAUCCUGAGUUUUGCUAGCACAAGAACAAUAUUUAAGAAAGGCUUUAAACUAGUGAUACUGGAUGAGGCUGAUGCCAUGACUCAAGAUGCCCAGAACGCCUUGAGGAGAGUGAUUGAGAAAUUUACUGAAAACACCAGAUUUUGCCUCAUCUGUAACUAUCUGUCAAAGAUCAUCCCUGCCUUGCAGUCUCGCUGCACAAGGUUCCGAUUCGGCCCCCUGACUCCUGAACUCAUGGUUCCACGCCUGGACCAUGUUGUAGAAGAGGAGAAAAUAGAUAUAAGUGAAGAUGGGAUGAAAGCACUUGUGACUCUUUCCAGUGGAGAUAUGCGACGGGCUCUGAACAUUCUGCAGAGCACCAAUAUGGCCUUUGGGAAAGUGACAGAGGAGACAGUCUACACCUGCACAGGGCACCCACUCAAGUCAGACAUCGCCAACAUUCUGGACUGGAUGUUGAAUCAAGACUUCACCACAGCCUACAGAAAUAUCAUGGCGCUGAAGACUCUGAAGGGGUUGGCACUACAUGAUAUCCUGACAGAGAUACACUUGUUUGUGCACAGAGUUGACUUUCCAUCUUCAGUUCGAAUACAUUUAUUAACCAAAAUGGCAGAAAUUGAGUACAGACUUUCUGUUGGCACCAAUGAGAAGAUUCAGCUGAGUUCCCUCAUUGCAGCUUUUCAAGUUACCAGAGACCUGAUUGUCACAGAGGCCUAGAUGCUGACGCAGGACCAUUUGCUACAGUUCUGAGGCCCAGCAGUGACUAGAGAACAGGGGGCUUGGUUUAUGGGAUGAACUGCCGUGUGGGGUCAGAUGAACAUAAAGUACCUUGUUUGUGGCUGUCUGGAGCAGAGAUGUACAAAAAAUUUUACCAUACAGCUGUCUUAUUACACUGCCCACUUGUGUUUUGUAAGGAGGAAAAAAGCAAACACCUUUACUUCAACCUGCAGGCUUUUUCCCGUUAGUUGCUUGGAUGAUGGGAAGUUUGCCUACCUCAUUUUGUUUCGGAUGCUAAAGCUUUCAAGUCUAUAUGGUCUACUUCCAACUCACGAUAAACAGAAGACCUCCAAAAUCAAGUAUAAUCUGUGACCUUGUCCAUGGAUCUCCUUUUAGGGUAGAUGUUAACAGAUUUCUGGCCAGAACUAUUAUACUCAUAAAAUAAACUCAAUUCUCAUACUUUGAAAACUGGUCUUUAUUUCUCCCCUUGAAGUAGAGGAGUUACUAGCAGGUCCCUAAUUGCGAGUGGACAGUCAACUUCCAACUUACGCCAUCAGGGGCCAGAGGCUGUACAGCACUCGUGCGCAUUUAAUGCACAGAGGGCAUGUGAGAGUAAGCCUGCACCCGCCGGAGGGAUGAGGACCUGUGCACAGAUGUAGUAGUUUACAGCAGUCAUGCUGCACUCACAUCAUUCCUCGUGACGGAAAUAAAGCAGCUUUCUUGGGUGCGUUACAAGUGGUCUUCCUUCCUUAGUUAUAAAGACACUGACUCAACUUGCAUCUGUAUGAAAACCUCCAUCUCUGAUACCACAGAAUAAAGUCUGGAGGCUGUUCUUUGUAAAGGUGUCAAAUUCUGACACUAUCAAAAGGGAGACGCUGGUUAUUUCCAUCAUACAUGUGGGACUCGCUCCCCAAGGCCAGCCAGGUUUGAAGGUAAUGGCUAGGUGGGCCCUCAAGGAAGCCUCCCAGAGCACCCCCUAGACUGUUCUCUGCUUUCUCAAGAUAACCACAAAAUGAAAAAGUUGCCCGAUCCAUUCCCAGCUGUCCUGUUGUACUCACUUGUUUUAAAGGUGAUUUUUUUUUUCUUAAUGGAAAAAAUGAAACGGAGAGCCAAAAGCUUUUUAACUUUUUUCCUUCAAUGCAAGUUUCUCAUCUUGAAAAGAAAUGUUUUUCUUCAGCAACAAAGGCGGUAGAGACUCCUACUUUUUCAACACAUUUUGUUACACUGGCCUCCAUAAAGCACCUAUUAAGAAAGCCAAAGGAUAAGAUGUUGCGUUUCUUUUAAAAUAAUUUAAAAUAUAUUAAAAUUUUCCAAAGGCAGAUUUUGCUUGAAUGAGGUGUCUUGAUUAGGUAACUGGACUUCGCUGAGGGAGAACAGUACUUGUGAGAGCUGUAUUUGUUUAGGGCUAGAGCUGCAACUGGCUCGUUAGUCCAAUGAGGUGAAGCAGCAACGUCAGACCUCGUACGUGAGAGGAUCAGGUGAAGUGAUGACACCUCCAAUUCUUUACGCAAUUAAGGAGACAUUCUUCACACCUGUAAGACUUAAGUACUAUGGUUUUUAGAUACCAUCAAGAAAAACACAGUUGUACCUUAACAUCUGUCGAGAAAAUACAAAUAAAUAUGCUAGUGAAAGGCAAACAACUGACAACUCAGCCAUCUGAACAGUCAUGCAAUUGAGGAAUAAAUUCUUGUGUAUCCUGGCAUAUAAAUUUGUCAUCUGCACAUGCACACCACUGUU